AUGGACAUAGCCAGAUCCUUCACAAGCCAGCAUGAUGCCAUCACCUGCGUGGACCUGCACACAACCGGCGAGCCCACCCGGAUCGUCAUCUCAGGUUACCCAGACCUUACAGGAACGCUCUUGGAGCAGCGCGCAGAGGCGAAACAUUCACAUGACCAUAUCCGUCGCCAGCUGCUUCUAGAGCCUAGAGGACAUUCAGACAUGUAUGGCGCCAUCUUACGCCAGAAUACCGAACAGACUGCCUCGGGAAAUGCACAUAUAGGUGUCCUCUUCGCUACGAACAGUGGGUAUUCUACCAUGUGCGGCCAUGCUACUAUUGCUCUGGGACGGGUUUUGCUGGAUACACAUGAUAAGGCAGUGUUUUCCAAUAGAGAUAAAGUCGCAUUCGAUGCAGAGACAAAGACUGCCUCCUUGACGUUACACGCACCAUGCGGCCUCGUCCACGUCACAGUCCCUACCAACUCAAACGGCACUGCCUCAGACCCAACCCGACCAGUCUCGCACAUCUCCGUCCCAUCCUUCACAACCGGUAUCAACAUCAAAGUAUUCCUCAAAGCUCCAUACCGCUGGCCCGAGCUCUGCGGCCGCCACCACGUCACCGCCGACUUCAGCUACGGCGGCGCCUUCUACUGCUUCAUCACAGCCGCCGAACUAGGUUUUCCGGACGGCCUCUCGAGUCCCGUCGACAUAGACGCUAUGAACGUAGCCACUCGAAAUCUCAAGGCGGCGAUCAACGAGAAUUCUGAGAUGAAGCACCUCUUUUCACACCCAGACCACAACGACCUCGGUUUCCUCUACUCCAUCAUCGUCGCCGACAAAGAUGCCGGCGUGCCAAUCGCACAGUCGACGAGAGCUGAGACGGGACUGUGCUUCUUCUCAGACCAGCAGGUGGAUCGCUCCCCGACUGGCAGUGGUGUAGCGGCCAGAAUCGCUUUGGCGCAGGCUAGAGGUGAGUUGACAAAAGACGAGUCAAUCACGUACCAUUCUUUACUCUCCAACUCGCUAGGAGGCCGGGGAGGCUUCGUGGGCAGUCUACACGAAGUAGUUGGGAUGCAGGGUGCGUUCCCAGUAGUGCGAGCCCGAGUUGAGGGAUACGCUUCGUACACUGGGACGUCUACAUUCGUCGUUGAAAAAGACGAUGCGUUGGGUCAGGAUGGGUUCUUGUUUGAUAGAUUAGAGUGA